AUGGAGUCUAAAUGUGUGUGUCUUCUGCUGGGAAUUCUACUGCUGGUCAACUGCACCUUCCAGCAGACUGCACCAAAGAAGAAGCCUGCCAAAAAAGAUUCAACUAAAGAUGCAGCCAUAGAGGAUCUGCAGAAACAGAUCAAUGACAUCGUCGGGGAGCUCAACCUGCUGAAGGAACAACAAGCUCUGCAAAGUGUUUGUCUGAAGGGAGUCAAGAUCCAUGGAAAGUGUUUCCUGGCCGACCCAGUGAAGAAGCGGUACCACACGGCUAGCGAGGACUGCAACGCUCUGGGUGGCGUCCUGAGCUCGCCCAUGUCCAGCGAUGAGAAUGACCAGCUCCGAAACUACAUUAGCCAGAGUGUUGGUCCAGGAGAGCAGGUCUGGCUGGGCAUCAACGACAUGGUGACCGACGGCACCUGGACGGACCAGACCGGCACCAGCAUCACUUACAAGAAUUGGGACGCGACCAACCCGCGGUCCCGUCAGCCAGAUGGAGGCCAGGCUCAGAACUGCGCCGUCCUCAAUGUGGCCUUGAGUGGGAAGUGGUCUGAUGAGAGCUGCCGUGAGGAGAAGGCCUCCGUCUGCCAGUUCAACAUUGUCUGAGUCAUCUGAUCACAGACUUGGUGCAUGGUUGCUUCGCAAAUCAACGUUCCAUAAUCCUGCAGACUCUUAAUAACCAGUGCUGCAACCGACAAAGAUCUGAUGGUUUAGACUCCCUCAGCACACAUAGAAAGCA